CAAACCAAACCAAGCACACGGCCCUUCUCGCUUUCACUUCUUCUUCUUCUUCUUCUUCUUCUGUGUUCGGUAUUUUCAACUUGGCUGUUUCUCUCUUCUUCUUCUUGUUUCUCUGUCCCAAAGUGAGACCCAGUUCUUUGUUUGUUUUCUGGGUCAUCAAUUGGAUUGUGAUCCUGAUCAAGUUCGUUCUAGCUGGAAUUCAACAAUGGACCCAAGGGGUUGUGUGAACAAGGGCAGAGUAAAUUUAUGAGUAUUUUCUUGUUGUAUGAUUGUGGGGAAGACAGAGACAAAACUAGCUUGUUAUGGUUUCUGCAUGCUAAACGAGUCAGGAACAACGACAGAAUCGAGGAGGAAGAGGUCAACUUUGCUUGGUGGGUGGAUUAAUGGCGUCUCCAGCUAUGACACUAGUUCAAGAUGAUGAUGAUGAUCAAUAUGGUGAGAUUUCCUUUAGUCCUGCUGCUGUUGGGGUCCAAUUGAAGGAUCACUUAUCUUCUGGAAAUGACUAUGCUCCCAAGGUGAGGAAACCAUACACGAUCACGAAACAGAGAGAGAGAUGGACAGAGGAAGAGCAUAACAAAUUCCUUGAAGCUCUAAAACUCCAUGGUCGGGCAUGGCGAAAGAUACAAGACCAUGUUGGCAGCAAGACUGCGGUUCAGAUUCGAAGUCAUGCUCAGAAAUUCUUUUCUAAGGUUGCUCGUGACCCAGAUGGCAUCAACACAAGCUCUGCAGAUCCCAUUGACAUUCCUCCUCCUAGGCCAAAACGGAAACCAAUGCGUCCUUACCCCCGAAAACGUGUUCACCCUCUUCAUACAGAAACCUCUAAUCUAGAGCAGCCAAUAAGGUCUUCACCUAAAAAAUUAUCAGUUUCUGAGCUUGAAAACCAAUCUCCAACAUCAGUAUUAUCUCCAAUGGGCUCAGAUACAAUCGGUUCCUCUGAUUCAAGUACACCUAGUGGUAGUCUAUCCCCUGUUUCAUUGGUUGCUGGUGUCCAAAAUGAGGCCAUAAAUCAUUCUGAGCAACAGCCAUCACCAGAGGAAAGUAGGACUUCAUUAUCAGCUGUAACAGAAGAUGGCCCACUUCCUGACAAGAAAUUUUCUGUGAAGCUGGAGUUAUUUCCCACAGACAAUGUCUGUGAUAGUGGCGGUUCAGCUGAUGAGGCAUCUGCCAGAAGCCUUAAGCUUUUCGGAAGGACUGUAUUGGUCACAGACUCCCACCGACCUUUCUCUGGUGGAACGUGCAAAUCAAUCUCUUAUGACACGCCAGAGGAGAAAUGUGGGCAAACAUCAAUACCAUGUAACUUUAUGCCUAUUCAAUGUGCAUUUGGGAAUGUGGAACAUGUUUGGAAUAGACAUCAACUCAUCCAUUUUCCUCAAUGUCAGAAUGAGAAUUGGAAUCGAUCUGGUUCUUCUAAUCUUAUACCAUGGUGUACCUUAGGUGCAGAUUCAUCAGUUCCAUUUCUUCCAUUCAGUAACCAGCAGACAAUGAAAUCAUAUUUUGAUUGUAACCUUGAAGAUCCCCACGGUAAAGAUGUUCAGAAAGAAAGUUCUUGGAACGGUUCAGAUGCUGGAUCAGUAAGUGAUGAGGAAAAUGGAGGCAAAUGUUUAGAUGUAGAGAUGCAGGGUGAUCUGCAAAUUUCUGAAGAAGAAAAAGUUGAAGAGCCGAAUUCGGUUUUUCAAUUUAAGGCGAGUAAAAACUCAGCCUUCUCUAAACUGAAGCCUGAAAAGUGUAAAAAAGGAUUUGUACCAUAUAAAAGAUGUAUGGUGGAUGCAGAUGCUCAGUACUCAACUUCAGGUCAAGACAGGGAUCAGAAGAGAGUCCACCUUUGUUAGUAGUGUGAUACUGUUGAGGGUCCUUGAGGAGGGUCGUUUUUCAGUCUUUUUUCACAGCACAUGUGACUUGUUCAGGUACUGGAUCAUCAGAUUUGAAAAAAACCAAUGAUUUUUUCUAGGCUUGCAUUGUACAAGUCUCAUGGUUCUGCUUUUGACCUCGCAACUGUUUAAAUAUGUAAUUUUGCUAUUUGUUGUUUUCAA